AUGGUUUGUGUUAUUUUUGGGCAACUGUUUGAAGAAAGGCAAUCGACUCAAUCAAUGCAGCAUGGAACGAUUAGCAGUGAAUUAAAUCAGGCAUUUCGUUUACCGAGAAAUAUAAACACGUCUAACACAAGUACGACAAUCGCAGUUGAGGGAAAACCUGGUCUUGGGCCAUCGCAGCCUGUCAGUUUACCUCAGCAAUCGUUGAAUUUGUCUGUGCCGUCGUUCAAUUCACAACUCAACUACGGUAAUGUUAAAAUGGGUCGUAGAUCUGGCCCAAUUCGACCGCGCCGAAGUGGAACUCGACGUUGCUCAAACAUGCAAAGUAAUGGUUGUUCCUCUCAACCAUCCCCUUCAGAUAGAAACGAGUUAUUUCUGAAGGAUGUCUACUUACUCCCAAGGCCAACGUACGACAGGGUGCCGAGACGCGAAGCGAAAGCAAACUUGCAAAAAGAGGGGUUCUGCGUUGACGCUUGUACAUUUGAUAAAAGGUGGGAUGAACAAACUCUUCGCGAUAAAAUGGCAAUGUUAUUCCUUUAUAUAAUAUUAACAAAAAUUUGCACCUAUCAUUGUUAUGUAUGGUUUAAUUCUUCCGGUUAUUACAAUCUCCCCUGCCCCCGGGCAACCCCCCAGGUAUUUGCAAUUUUUUUCAACAAAAUCUAGAUCACCUCUGGGCUAAUAUAAAAAUAUGCGAACUCCCCACACAACAGUUUUAAAUUUGCAUAACAAUUAAUCAUUAAAAACACAAUCAGACAAAGCCAUAUUAAAAAAUGCUUUACUUAAAACUGGCCAGGCAUUAGGUCAGCCAAAAACCCUAUCAUUCCAUGUGUUUCACCCCUUAACUGUUAUCUUGAAGAAAUGUACUGGAUAUUAGACGGUUGCAAGAAGAUAUGGAUUUUAUGUUCGAGUGGCAAAAACAUCUCAAGUGGGCGCAGCCAAGUUACCGAAUGUAUGAGAUAUUGCUUUUGACACAAGAACAUCAAUUCAUAUCUUCUCAUAACUGUCUCAUAUCCUCUAUUUAAUACACCAGGCAAUUUUCACAACUUCUAUCUUAAAAACAUUGACCCAUUAAGCCACAUUGCUUCCAAAUGUAUACUGUAUAAUCAACAGUGCUGCACAGUCAACAACUGGUGUUAUUCUCACCCAUUAUAGUCCGCAAUGGGUUAGAAUAAUUAAUGCAAGACAAUUUUACUUAUCAAAAGAAGAUUCUUGCAUAUUAAUGGUUAACCAAAGAAUCUGCCAAUAUGUUGGGUUAACCUAUUAGGCUGCAAUAUACUCCCACAUGCUCUGGGCUUGAAAAAAUACUUGUGGUUCUAGUUUCCCAACAGAGCCUAUUAUUUUUUCUGCCGACCCUAUUAUUUUUUUUCAACACGAUUGACCGUGCAACCCUAUUUUCUCUGGGUGGAUGCGGUUCGCUCAUGUAGUGUGCCAAAAUGGCGUCUAUUGAUCGCUCAGUGGUUGUCACAAUAUUAAAUUAUGGAACCAAAAUAAUAAAUUGUCUAAAUUCGUUCAUAGGAAAUGCGCAUCUCUAGUUAAUAUUGCAAGACUGAACUGAAAAUCGUUUAAAAUAGAUUAAUGAAUGUUGCUAAAUUUUAAAUUUUCCAUUCUUUUCAGUUUUGAGUUCGUCAAGUCAUCAGAGACAUCAGUCAUUGCAGUCAAUUUGCCAUCGGGACAGAGGAUCACAGGCAAAGUCCUAAAGCAUGUUGCCGGUAAUGGACUUGUCUACAUACGGUCCUGCACCGAUGUUGAGUUUCAGGUAAUAUUGUACUGUAUAGUGAUUUUAGUCAUUCUACAUAUAUAUUUAUAUUUAUCAUUCAAUUUUUGCAGUUUUUACUGUCUUGGCCAUUCCCCCAGGGUAGCUUUGCCAUUCGCCUAGGGUAGCUUUGGUAGGGGUUUGAGUGUACUUAUAUUUUGUUAUUUUUUAUAUUUUAGAGGCCCAAAUUUUACAAAAAUGGUUAUCAUUUCACAAAAGUAACGACUUUUUACGCAAAUUUUACCUGAAAAUCUCAAAAUGUCAACUUGGAUUUUUCCUGAAUUUUACCUCAGUUUCACAGUUGGGGGAUUUUACACCCCCCUUACCCCCCUCCCUCCAGUCGCCAUGAUCCUAGAUUCAUGCAUACAAUGAAGUUGCCUACACUGAGCAUAAGUAAUUAGUGUAUGCUAAAACUAAAUGCGUUGUUAUGUGCUACUGUCUGCUAUAUAUUAUAGGUAUGUAUGCUGAUCAAAUCGGUUUUUCUAGCACUGUCAUGUUUUAUCUCAGAUGAGUGGAGAAGGUUCUCUUUCCAGUGAAGAAGAAAUCAUUACCAGCAAUUUCAGGUGUAUCCACUCCAUCUUCUGUUGUAACGCGCAAUGCAUUUCAACUAUCCACUUCAGAUAACCAACAAUGCUUGUCAAGGAAAGGUGUGGUGGCAUCAAGAUCACUGGUAGAACCAAGUAAAUCUGUCUCGUCCUAUAAUAUAAGAAACUAGUUACAUUCCUCAGCCAUCAUCAUCAUCUUUCAGUAGUCCAUCAUGCUUGCCAAGACAAUAUUCAGGAACCAGGUGUUUGGAGCAAAGUCCUAGUAUUGGCGAGACAGCAACAUCACAGCUACAGCAUAUCAGUGAGAUGUUUCCAUUUCUUGACCAUGAAACAAUUUCAAAAACACUAUCAAAUGCAAAUAUGAAUGUUGAAGUUGCUAUCGACAAAUUACUUGGAGUGACAUGUAUUUAUAUUAUUGUACACCUUCACUCUUAUGGCCUGCAUGUUAUUUCAUUGUACAGAGACUCUCGGUGUCAAGUUGUAAAACAGAUCUUAAACUAUUUCCUGUCAGGAAUUAGGAAUUACUUUAAGUCACUAUUACAACUAUUCUAUUUACAAAAGAACGAUUAAACAAAAAAAUAAAUAAAGGAAUGAUUUUAAAUAGAUGAGUAAGGUAAUAAUGACAAGAAGGCAUCCAGAAACCAUAAAGCUUGUAAUGAGAUGUCUCCUUAAGCAUAAAAUUUAGAUAAAAUAAACAUUCACAUUUAUGUAAGCAUUGCUAAUCCCAAGAGGGAAUCCAAUCCCUAUUCGCCUCCAAAGACCACCAGUGAACAUGAAAAUAAAUUUAUAGUUCAUGCAGCUGGUAUUCCAACAUUCUAUUCCUCAAGCAAGUCAACGUUUCGGCAUUUCUACGUUUAUCUGGGAGAGAACACCAGAGUUUAGGACCUUGAUAAAGUACGGUGAAUUGUUUUUGUUAAUUCUACAAACAUAUGUUCGGUGUAGACUAGCGUUUCUUGUAUUGUAUUGAUGAAUUUGAUUACUAGUAAUAAAUCUAACCAGCUUAUAUGUUUAUAAAUGAUCUCAGUGACACGUGCAGACUGGUCACUGAUGUUGUUAUUCCCAAUUUACUUGCUAAAGUCGGAUUACCUUUUUUGAUACGUCCUGUACAUAGUUCAUAUUAGAACUUUUACCAUAUCCAUCCCCUUUGUUUAUCAUCGUCUCAUAUAUUUCUAUGUGCAAUAGAGAAUAUUAUUGCAGUUUCUUAAACGUUUGUGUAAACUGCAUCUGAGUUUUGUAUAUUCUCAAUAGAUUAACAAUUCGAACAUUCUUCAAUCGAGAUUAAUUUUUACUGUUGUGAAUAGUUUUUAUUUAUACGUGUGUAUUUGUGUUGUCUUGGUGGGACUUAAUUGGGAUCUUCUGUUCCGUUGUCCUGACCUUCGAAGAAAAAAAAAUAAAAUGUGAUGUUAUUAAUACAGAAUUUAUCGUAAACAAGAAUGUUUAUUUGUUUUGUGUAUCCCAUAGCCAGAAGUUCACGAUGAUCCAGAUACUCAUAAUGAGCCAGAAGACAUAGCAGAUGACGAUGAGCUAUGGGAUACCUCUUGGAAUCCUUUACAGUCUCUCAAAAGGUUUACUCGUGCUGUUGUUAACACGUUUGGAGAAGAGAUGGAUGUCGUUAUAAACCGAAACAAGGACAUGUUACAACAGGUUGUGAGAAAGUAUGAACACCCAGAAUUUGAUAUCACAAAGCACCUGAAUGUGUCGUUUGUUAAUGAGCCUGGUGUAGAUGCUGGGGGGUUGACAAGAGAAUAUUUUCACAUUCUGAUGGAUCGGUUGCAGAAGCCACUCGGUUCUCUUGAUUUGUUCGAAGGUCGAAAGGGCCAUUUACUUCCAAUGCACAAGUAUGAUUUAGUCCCGGGUGGCCUAUUUGCUUUGGUCGGAUCGAAAGAUGGUCUUACACUCAAUUUUGAAUAA